GAAGCGCUCGCUUUGUUAAGGUGGAUUACAAAAAGUGAACAUCCUUCAGAACUGACCGGGUCCGCCUUCGCUCAUUUCACUUGACGGAUUAUCUCAGAACCAUGAAUGUGUCGCCCCCAGAACGCAGGAAAAACAUGCGAGAACUGGCUCUGGAGAUUGGCAUCCGAGUUCUGCUUUUCGGAGUUUUUGUAUUUACAGAAUUCCUGGAGCCCUUUGAGAGAGUGAUUCAACCGGAGGAGCUUUGGCUCUAUAAGAAUCCUCUAGUUGAGUCAGACCACAUUCCCAAGAGGGUCAUGUUCGCAAUUUCAUUCCUUACCCCACUGGCGGUGAUAUUUGUGGUGAAGAUAAUUCAGAGGACGGACAAGACAGAGAUCAAAGAGGCAUGUUUAGCGGUAUCCCUGGCUCUCGCCUUGAAUGGAGUCUUCACAAAUACUAUCAAGUUGAUUGUUGGCAGACCCAGGCCCGAUUAUUUCCAGCGUUGUUUUCCAGAUGGACAAGUGAAUGCGAAGAUGCUGUGCACUGGAGAGCCAGAUCUGGUCUCCGAGGGACGCAAGAGCUUCCCCAGCAGCCAUUCCUCCUUCGCUUUCUCUGGUCUUGGUUUUACCUCCUUUUACCUGGCGGGGAAGCUGCAGUGUUUUACGGAUCAGGGUCGGGGGCGUAGCUGGCGUCUCUGUGCCAUGGUGCUGCCCCUCUACAGUGCUAUGAUGAUUGCACUGUCCCGUACCUGCGACUACAAACACCACUGGCAAGACGCCUUUGUUGGAGGAGUGAUUGGGUUACUGUUUGCGUAUAUCUGCUACCGCCAGCACUACCCACCCUUUCUGCAUACGGACUGCCACCUGCCUUAUGCCAGCCUGGCUGCUGCCGCCCACGCGCCCUCACAUCCCCAGGACGACCCGCAGCCCACUGACAAUGCCACCACCCUUCCCCUGGAAGGCUUGACUGAAGGGCCAGUAUGACUAGUGGCCACCACCGAGACUCCCCCCAACACCCUCACCAAGCCACCAAGCUCACCUCCCCAUUCCCAGUGACUGACUGGCUCUUGUAUACAUUCCAAUGGACAGUAAUACACCUUACCCAUCUCCAUUUUGUCUCGGUGACGCCUACAUUUUCUUGUUUGUUCAUUUUGUUUUUAUAUCUGGUUCUUGCUCAGCAGCCGUGAAAGUCUAUAUUUAGAUGUGAUGUAUGAGAGGAACCUAUGAAUAUGGGACAUCACCACUGAGAGGGGAAGAGGCAAAAACAUGCUGAAAACCUGAGGAAACAGGUCUUACUAAUGGCUGUGGAGGAAAAUUCAAAUAUUGCCAGUUUUUUCUUAAUGGGGAAUGUGGUUGGCAGAUUGCUUGAUGCUGGAGUGUUUUUAAUGUUUGGUUGUUAAAUGAUUUGGACAGAAAGUUGACAGAAACCCAGAGAAAUCCCUUGAAAUGUCACAGCAAUCAAAUCGUAAAAUCAUACCGAUUAAGCUAUUAAUGAUAUAUGUCACAGAUAAAUAAUGGAUUCAGUAGCAGCCAGUGCCAGAACCGUGAUAUUCUGCUUUUUAAAUUUAGACAUUUAGGCUGAGGACACCAACGUUUUGGUCUUAAACUCAAGGACUACUCUGGAUUCACAUAUCCUCUGCUUUUAAUAAUUUUUGGUUGUCCAUGGCAACAUAAUGAUAAAUAUAGAACCAAUACCCACUUGGAGAGAGGCGCUGGUCCAUGUCAAGCCAACCUGACUCUUACUCUCCUCAAUUCCCCCAUUUUUUAUUAUUCCAUUCCUUCCCAUUCUCUUGGGCUUAUUUAGUUUUCCAGUGCAAUCCUACAUAUCGCCCCUCCCCUGUUCCUCUUCCUCCCCCCUUCACCAUCUAACUUUAUUUUUCAGAAGCCCACCAUUUAACACAUGUUCCCAGAGGUUGCACAGGGACAUAGAGCCAAAUUGUAGCUCAAUGAGUGCAAUCAAUAACAGGCAGGUGGAAAUACCGUGGUGGAAGUGUGUCUGGGAAGGCACAAACUCCAAUCUGAUCCUGCAUUAAUCCUCAUUAAGUGAGGUCAGCCACAGCUGCACAUGAGGACAUUAGGACUAUAUGAGGUGCCCCAAGGACUGCCCAAGCAUUGCAAAUGGCUUUCAGUCUGUAGACUGUAGCCACACAAAUAGACAAUCUAGCAUUCAGGAGACGACAGACCUGAACCCGAGACAGUUUUAAUGUAUUAUUCAUACAUUAAUGUUCCAUUAUUUAUUAAUAUUUUGCGCCUUAAUUUAGGGAAAGCGUGUUGAAAUGAAGCAGACACCAAAGAUUUGUAGCUUUUUCUGCUUGGGUUGUAUGUGCCCUGUUAUGCUUUAUUAACGGAGAUGACACAUAGCCAGAUGACUGGUUCCCUUUCAUCGACAAAGCAAUUUGUAACCUCUUACAAGUUUCGUUAGAAAAUGAUGGAUCAUUUUGUUGCCUUGGUUACUGUGUCUUUUUUGCCAUUGCUGUGACAUUAAUGGGAAGGUAGAAUCUCAGUUUACCUCCGAACCCACCAUGCUACUAGGAGGGCAAAGAAUAUACAUUUGCACUGAAAAGCGAGGGCGAAAAACAGGAGACUCACAUAAAAACAACUUGAUUUCAAAUGAGUAGAAAGCCUAAUGUAGAAAGGUUAUUUUGUAAUUUUAUUAUCUUACCAGGAUGUUAUUCAAGCCUAUUUUUUUACAUUUGUCUGUCUCCACUGUCAACAGACCCGACAUGUUUUUGUAGACAGCCUCAGUUGAGACAGCCGUAACUUCAGCUGCUGUUUGCAUAAUUCUGGGCACAAUUUGGCUCGCGGCACAGUAAUAGACAGGGGAAGCUUCACUCUGUUCAAAAUUCUUUUAAACAUCAUUCACUCAAAUCAGCUUCAAUUAAGCCUCUAUCACUAAUGCAGCCCAUCGGCAGCUUCUUAAAACUAUGUGUGUGUCUGUGUGCAGGUUUUGACAGGGCCUAUCCCACGCCGAUGCAAUACAAAAUUAAACUUUCCUGGCGUCUUCACCAGAAGGAAUCGGUGCUCGGCUCUGCACAUCAGACUCUGUGACGGGACUUGACGAGACUCUGAGAGUCGACGGAGAAACUUGUAACCUGCUUGAGACUUUCAGCACAGGCCUGGAGAUCUGUGAAUGUGAAGAUUUUGACAUCUUGAGGCAGAUUUGGGAUGAAUUGAUUGUGACACAGAUGCGUUAUGUUAUAUAGACCUGCAUUUGCCUGACUUGACAGCCUGAUGUUUGAACUUUGUCAUUUAGUUUUCUCCUAUUCAAUGGUACAGUGUAUAUUGGAAAAAAAAAAAAGUUCAGAAGUCACGUCUGUGGGAGUAUUUUUCUGUCAUCAACAUUUAAGAUUUAAGUUCUCCACCUUUAAGUCAUUCCAUGAUUUGUUUUGAUUUGGUGCUAUAGAUACUUUUGUAGCAGUAGGUGUUACUUUUUUCAAACAGUGGAUGUGUCACUUUGAGAUGAAACUUCAAUAAUUUUCUACAGAGAAAGAAAAAAUGAUUAUAAUACAUGUUUCUUUUUUCAAAGCAGAUUGUAAAGGGCAACAUAUGCUUGUUACUCUGUGAUACUUUUUUUCAGUCAUUUCACCAUCCCAGGGACUGAAGGGAUAAAAGUAACUAAAAAUAUUAAAGAAUAAUGAAAUUAUUAUCGAUUAUAAUGAAUAGAUGUCUGAAGAAAAAAAAAAGAGUGUAAGACUUAAGAAUCUUUGUUCAUGGCAUGCCAGUUCCAUUUGUGAGAAAAGACUGUUUUCUAUGAAUAAGCAUGUCUGGCUGUGAGAACUCUUUGAGCUGUGUUUUGCUGUUUAUAUAGGCUAUUUUAUGUACAAUGAAAGACUGCCGCUGUGUGAAAUUUGUCCACGAAGAAAACAAAGGAGCCUACAGUAACGUGUCUUGUCAUAGUGGGAUUGUUGGAGCUCUGGGCCACUCCACUUGAAUUCAACUUUGGAGAGUAAUCACGGUUUAAGGAUGUUUAUAUUAAAAUCAAAACAAUAAUCAGAACAUAUGUAUUAUUCCCUAUUAUAUGCAAAUGAGCAAUCCCACAUUAUGCAGCAGCAGGCAUUUGAAUGAGCUAAACCCCAAGUUUAGUUAAAUUAAUUUACGCUUCGACAGACCUGCUGUCAGAUUGCACAGUGUUACUGAGACAGUGUGAACUCUGUUCUAAGUGUGUGUUGUGCUUCUCUGCAUCAGUUGUGUUGCA